CAGAAUGUUAGUGAACAGUGAGUCUAUUAUGGUGAAAUCAAGGAUAUUCAUUCUUUGUCCAUAGUAUAUGUAGGAUCAUUAUACGUACCAUUGAUAUUCUCUAGCAGGACCAGCCAGUACUCACUACACCCAAUAAAUCAUUGAAAUGGAGAUUUACUGAAUUAUUUGUAGUUCUGAAUUGUCCAGUUCUCCAAGAUUACAAUUAGUUACGCCAGUAUCUAAAACAUAAAACAUGAACAGGUCUCUUCCAAAGCCUCCAACUAUAACAGUUGUUAUCAGGAAUCUCCCUAUAGAAACAACUGAAGAAGAAUUAACAGAUCUUUGUGCUACAUGUGGUGGUGUGGCUGAAGUUGAAAUACCAACAAAGGUAUCUUCUUUUACGAAGUUCAAGUACGCUUUUAUUCGGUUCGUAAGCCUAGAAGCUGCCUUAACUGCAGUCUCGAAGCUGGAUGGUCUCAUGGUGCAAAAGCGGAGGUUAAGCGUUCAGCUUGCUCGAAACCACUGGAGAAACACCAAUGAGAAAACAGUUAUUCAUGAUGUAAUUACUAAUGACGACAAAGAAAAGUCUACACCAGAUAUUUCAGAAGAGGAGAUUAAUGCAACCAUAGUGCAAACAUGUUAUGAACAAUGGCAGCAACAUCGAAGAAGAAAUGCAGACAGAGAUCUUCCAAGCUUUGGAAAAAUAUUGGAAAUCAUCUUAAAAACUACUGAGGAUGCAGAGGAAUUCAAAGAUGAGUUUAAUGAAUCUGAAUCAAUCAUUGAUAAUUAUAUAUACUCAUCAGUGUGUGAAGAAUUAGCAACAGACUGAACAAACACACAUUUAUAACUGUACUAUUUUAUACUGCAUUUUUCUUUUGUUAUGCUGAACAUUAGCAUUUCCACGUAGCUUAUAAAAUGAAAAAGCAAAAACUCAAAAAGAAUACAUAAAAGAUUUGUACCUGUCAGUCUUAAGCAAAAUGAUCCAUUAAAAGACAAUGAACA